GACAAAGUUUUUCUGCGGUCUGUGGAAAAGACAACAGUUUUUAAGAAUGGGCAUUACUGUGUCGGAUUGCCACUCCGUAAUGAGAAGCUCCAGAUGCCUAACAAUCGUAGUGUGGCAGAGCAACGCAUUGCGUCUUUGGAAAGGAAGUUCAGGAAGAGUCCUGAGUUCUUUGAAGAUUGUAAGAAUUUCAUGAAAGCAAUCAUUACCAAGGGCUACGCAGUCCGGGUUCCAACAAACCAACUGACCCGAGAGGACAACAGGGUGUUCUAUAUACCGCACCAUGGAGUCUAUCACCCAAAAAAGAAGAAGCUUCGGGUGGUAUUUGACUGCACAUCCUCCUACCAGGAUCGGUGUCCGAAUAGUGAGUUGCUCCAGGGGCCCGAUCUGACCAAUACGUUGGUUGGUGUCCUGCUCAAAUUCCGGGAGGAGCCUGUAGCAGUAAUGGCAGACAUUGAGUCAAUGUUCUAUCAAGUUAAUGUGCCAGAACAUGAUGCAGACUUACUCCGCUUUCUUUGGUGGCCCAACGGCAGAUUAGACGAGCCCAUGGAGGAAUUCCGAAUGACAGUGCAUCUUUUUGGAGUCACUUCUUCUCCAAGUGUGGCCUCAUAUGCACUGAGAAGAACUGCGGAGGAUCACAGAGAUACUGUAUCUCCAGACGCAGUUCAAACAGUCCUGCGCCAUUUCUACGUAGACGACUGCCUGAAAAGUGUAGCCACAGAAAACGAUGCAGUGAGACUGGUCAAGGAACUUCAAGCUUUGUGUAGCAAUGGAGGGUUCACCUUAACAAAGUGGAUGAGCAACAGCAGAAAAGUGCUAACAUCAAUACCUGCAGAGCACAGAGCCACUGAAGUCAGAGACCUGGAUUUACGACACGACACUCUACCAGUGGAAAGAACACUUGGUGUGCAGUGGGACACAGAAUCGGAUACUUUCCUGUACAAAAUAGAGCUGCAAGACAAGCCAGUGACCAGAAGAGGUAUCUUGUCAAUCGUCAACUCCAUCUACGAUCCUCUUGGCUUUCUGGCGCCGGUUAUUUUGCCUGCUAAACUUUUGUUGAAAGAUCUCUGUAAGGAACAUCUUGACUGGGAUGAAAACCUUGAUGGAAAGCAUGCUGAAGGGUGGAGCAGAUGGCUUGAAGAUGUCACCUACCUCUCCAACUUCCAUGUGAGUAGAUGUUUGAAACCCAUCAACUUUGGAUGCACUAUCUCAGCGCAGUUGCAUAAUUUUUCGGAUGCCUCAGAAUACGCCUACGGCACUGUGUCUUAUCUACUGCUGGAGAAUGAACAUGGCGAGAAACACUGUGCUUUCCUUAUGGGAAAAGCAAGAGUGUCCCCACUGAAGAAAGUCACGAUCCCUAGGCUUGAGUUGACCGCGGCGGUUGUCGCAGUAAAGGUCGACAAGAUGUUGCACGAAGAAUUGCAAAUACUACUGCAACAAUCUGUCUUCUGGACAGACAGCACUACGGUGCUUAGAUACAUUGACAGUGACACAGUACGUUUCAAAACGUUUGUUGCUAACAGAGUUUCAAUGAUCCGAGAAGCAACCAAGCCCUCACAAUGGAUGUAUGUCAGAACAGAUGAGAAUCCUGCAGAUCAAGCCAGCAGAGGCCUGAAGGCAAAGAGCUUGGUCGAAGGAGGAAUGUGGAUAAGUGGACCAGACUUUCUGCUGAAUGAAAAGGAUUGGCCAGAACAGCCUGUGCGAAAGAAGGAAAGCCUUGAAGAUGACCCAGAGGUCAAGAAUACAGUCGCUGUUCACAUGGUCAAAGUUGAAGAAGGUAUGGCACCAAUGAACCAGCUACUUACCUAUCACUCUGAUUGGAACAAACUGAAACGAUCAGUGGCUUGGAUUGUAAAGGUAAAGCAUGCUCUGAGGGAGCAUAAAGAAGAACGCAAAGAGGCAUUAAGAACAAUCAGUCAGACCGAACUUGACCCUGAAAAACAAAGAAAAAAGUUAGAACAACAUAUGAAGAAAUUUCAAACUGAAAAGACAAUACUCACCUUGGAUGAUCUGGACGCUGCUGAAGCAGAAAUAAUACAGUUCAGUCAAAGACAACACUUUGAGGAAGAAAUCAAGGUCCUGAGAAAUGGAAGCCAGCUCAAUCGCAACAGUGUGCUGUAUAAACUUGACCCGAUUCUUCAAGAUGACACCUUAAGAGUAGGUGGAAGACUUAACAAGUCUGCUAUGCCAGAAAGUGCCAAACACCCAAUGAUUCUUUCUAAACAUAGCAAAGUUGCCACUUUGAUCUUGAGGGACGUACAUCAAAGAACAGGCCACUGUGGACGCAAUUAUGUGUUGGCACAAAUAAGACAGAAAUAUUGGAUUCCACAAGACAAUUCUGCAAUCAGGAAGAUCAUCGGUCAAUGCAUGGUGUGCCGUCGGAUGACUGGCAAGUUGGUGAGCAAAAGAUGGCAAGCUUGCCUGAAGAUCGCCUCCUUCCAGACCAACCUCCUUUCACGAACACUGGCGUUGAUUACUUCGGCCCGUUUGAGGUUAAACGGGGCCGGGGCUCAACCAACACUGCCUCCAGGCGUCUUCAGCGAAGAUGACAUCUACACCAGAAGAAGGUGGAAGCAAGUUCAAUAUCUCGCAGACUUAUUCUGGGCUCGUUGGACACGCGAGUAUCUUCCACUUCUUCAGGAGCGACAGAAAUGGCUGAAGCCUAAAAGAAACUUCAUGGCAGGCGAUGUAGUGCUUUUGGUGGACAGUUCCUCCCCCCGCAACUCCUGGGUCAUGGGAAGAGUGGUUGAAACACUGCCAGACUCAAGUGGAGCAGUGAGAAGAGUGAAGUUGAAGACCAAUACCAGCACGCUGGAGCGACCUGUGAACAAUCUAUGCCUGCUUCAGGAAGCUACGCCAGAGGACUAA